AUGCAUACCAUCGGCUUUUUGAGCCUUGAGGCUAUCUUAGCAUUUGGAAACUCAAAUAACAUAACGAUCUGCUAUUUUUAGGAAAAUGGUGUUAUUAAGUCGAGAUUUGACCGGGAGUGUUAUCACUGGCAUCACUGUGCAGGCAUAUCAAUGACGCUAUACCCAGCAGAUUGAAAAUAAACUGCAGGUUUUCAAUUGUUCAUCUGAAUAUUUGAAAAUGAAAUGAAAAUGACUUACGAAUUAUCGAGGCAAAAAAUUAAAACAAACUCAUUUUAUCUCCAAUUAUUCAUUUCAAUUCUCAGUUAAUGGUUCGUCGUCAGACUAUGAAGUUAUAUUCGGUUUUAUUUUUUAAUUUAAACAACAGCGUUAUUAAUCUCCCCCGUGGAGUCGAGACAGCAUAUGGCUGUUCAUAUUCGUCAUUAAACGACAGGCGUAAUUGUGAAACUGGGGCAAAUUUCCAUUUGUAAACGUUAAACUCAUGGACGUGACUUUGUCAGGCGUGCGCAGAUAGAGACGUCAAUGAUAGCUGGAUAAAUAAUAGUUUGUCAUGAAAACAGAACAAAUUUCGUUGAUUCAACACUUGGUUUCCCAGCAAAAUAAAAAACUCUGAUAUAUGCGAUGCAAAGAAGACUGAUCUCACAGAUUAUGCAAGCUCUCCAGACGAGGCCGAGUUCUUGAACAAUGUGAAAUCUGACAUCAAUUUUCCUCGCGACAGACAAGACGUGUCUAAUUGCUUUAUUCAUGAACCUGAAGAGAUCUCAGCCUUGUACGACUCGAGAACUCAAUUUCCAAUCAUCACUCCUGCAUUUGACGACGGAAUGGAGCCGAACAAAACACAAUUCAUAAAUGACAAAGUCUUUAAACUAACGGUGAAUGAUGGGAACCAAACGCCAGUUCCAAGUGAAAAAAAUGACCUAAUUAAGAGGCGACAAUCUUUGCAAAGCUUGGACGAGCUAGAAUCAGAUUUGAGCACAAACAAAUAUUGUACUGAUGCUGAUGUUUUGAAAGCACUCUCUGUGUUUUCUGAAAGAGCAAGCCCUGUUAACAAAACUGGCGAUACUCCUCAAGAGGGUCAAGUAAACGCCCGAGAUAGUUUCGUGGAAAAAGUGAGCAAUCAAUCUGACAAUAAUUCCAUGAUUUCGCUGGAAUAUUGGAGUGACGAGGAGGGUCGCUAUCCACCACAAAUGUCUAUUAGUCCUCCGCCAUGUGAGAUGACAUUUCGGAAGACGACAUUGAGCGUUAACGAGACAAAGAAAUACAACGACAUCCAAAGAUAUUUCAAAUCAAACAAUGAUGCUAAGGAUCUCUUCAGGUCCUCUGAUGACUCUACUAGAACGCAAUCAAAACGUCCACUCCUGAGAUCCUUGAGUCCCAUCAGCUCCUCGAAACCUUCAGUUCACCUCGAUCAACUGAAAUAUCGAACAACGCCAAAGGUUACAGAGAGCAGCACCUCGCAAGGCAUCACACCAUCACUUCUCAUCAACUCCACUGAAAAUGUCGCAAAGUCGAUGAGAUCAACACAAGCGUACAACUGGAAGCCCAGGCCACCCAGUGAUGUUGCAGUCUCAUCUCCUUCAUUGGUCCGACCCAUCUUAACAACACCUCCAAGAGCGAGAAAGAAUAUGCACUCCAAUGCAAUGAACUAUAGCCACCGAAUGAAAGAAGAUAAAUUAUUUGACGCACAGAGAUUUUCAUUGCCAAAGAGAAAAGUAUCUCGAACUCAGUCAAGUCAACCAUCGACAACCAAACUGUUUCCAGAAAUAUCCAGCAUCGCUAAAACCCAGUCCACUAGCAAAAGCAUCUCUGAUUUCAGACAAUCUUCAAGCAUAUUUGGAAAACUUGUGAGAAAGAAUACAUCAAGAGAAGUUGAAAAUGUUAGCAAAGAAGGCAAUUAUGAUAAGCAAAACAAAGCCACAGACUCGUCAACAGCGGGCUCAUCACGAGGCAAAGGGGAAACAACGCGAAGAAAAUUAAGAAGGAUUUUAAGCUUGCAUUAAAAGGGUGAAUGAAAGAGUUUUAAUAAAAGAACUGGGUUCACUUUUAGUUUCAAAGGGCUGUAUCACAAGAAAGUAUAAGAACACUAGCAAGAUUAGUAGUAUCAGUUUUGAAAUUUACUUUAUAUUUCAGAACUCGUUAAUGAAAUCAGACCCUCCAUUUCAUUUGAAUGAUGACAUUUUACAUAAAAAAUGCUUUGCUGAAAAUCUUUAAAAUAUACAAAAUCCACAUAAAACAAACAAACUGAUGGAAAGUAUUAAAUUGAUUAUUAAUACUGUUCUCCAGAAUAUCAGUCUGAAAUCAUGAAUAUACAUGCAAGCGUGAAGAUUUGU